AAGCGGAAGCCCCAACUUGCAAGAAUACCAAAACCUUGCCGCCGAAGUCUUCCUUCCCCUUCUCUUCUCAAACAGAGCUCUGUAACACAAUCAAUCCCUUUCCUUCUCUCUUCUCCCAUCGCUCCGCCGAAUUCCUCCCCAUUGAAGCUUUCACACCCUCCAUUCUUCCUUUAUAUCUUCCUUCUCCAUCUUCCCAACUUCCUCAUCAUCUUCUUUCCACCAUUACAAUUCCUCCUGCUCUGUUUUUUUUUUCCUAGUCAUCCCUUCUUUCCCCACACAGAAAAGAAAUGGAGCGCAGAGAAAACCUUCCGGCGACUCAAGACUCCAAAACCAAUAAUCAUCAUCAGCAGCAGUCGGAAGCAGCCGCCAUCGCUGAAAAUCAGUCUAGGACCCAACCGGCUCCGCCGCCAUUCAGGUUUUCCAACCGGGUUGUUCUGAAAACCAUACUCGAAGGGGAAGAUGGGGGUGUGGGAUUCGUAGGACGGAGAGUCGUAGUCGGCGGGUGGGUGCGAACUUCCAAGGAAAUCAGGAAAGAGUCUGCGGCGGCUCCGGAGCAGCAAUUACCCGCCGGUGGCGGUCAGGUGUCCAGGAUAUCUCCAGGUCACAAGGACGUCAGCUGCGUGGAGAUGCUGCAAGCCCGAAUUCCUCUUUUCAGGUCGAUAAUUAAGAUUCUAGCCGGCGGAAGCCAUGGUGCUUUUGGUGGUUGCUCCGGUACCUCCCCUGUACGCGAGAAGCUGCCGCCGGCGUCCCCUGAAUCGAGGAUUCAGAGGCCACCCCCGCCUUCCACCGCUUACUUGCUUGUCAGCGAUGGCUCCUGCGCUGCUAGUCUUCAGGUUGUGGUAGAUUCCUCUGUAGCCUCCCCUGCACUGUUCCUCCCCAUCGGAACCUGUUUACUCGUGGAAGGCAUACUCCGGUUGCCGCAGUCGCCUGGAAAGCACCGCGUCGAGCUCUCCGUGGAGAAAGUCCUUCACAUUGGGACCGUGGAGAAGGACAAGUACCCGUUGGCUGCCAAGCGAGUCCCGCUUGAGAAUCUCAGAGAAGCUUCGCAUUUCCGCCACCGCUCAACCACCGUGGCGUCGGUUAUGCGGGUACGUAGCGCCCUGACAUUCGGAAGCCACACGUUCUUCAACAAUGGAGGAUUUUUCUACGUACAGGUCCCCAUAAUCACGAACACCGACGCCGAAGGAUUCAGCAGCAAGUUCCAAGUGACGACGCUGCUGUCCGGGAAAGAAGACGCUCCGGCGAAAGGAGGCGACGAGCUCAGCAUAGAAGCCGUGAAGGCGGCGAUUCGAGAGAAGAGCAGUUUGGUGGAGGAGCUGAAGAGAAGCGAGAGUAACAGGGAGGCAUUGGCGGCGGCGGUUCAGGAUUUGCGGAAAACGGAUCAAUUGGCGGCGCAGUUGGAAGCCAAGCAGCAGAAAACCCCGAAACCGGGCUUCUUAACGACGAAAUCGAGCAAGCUUAACGUGGCGGAAGAUUUCUUCUCCAGGCAGGUUCAUCUAACUGUCUCAGGCCGGCUUCAUCUCGAGAGCUACGCUUGUGCUCUGGGAAACGUCUAUGCCUUCGGGCCGAGAUUCCAGGCGGAUCGAUAUGCCAAUCCCAGGUACCAGGCGGCGGAGAUGUGGAUGCUUGAAGCUGAAAUCGCCUUUUCACAGCUAGAGGAUGCAAUGAACUGUGCAGAGGAACAUUUGAAGUUCAUCUGCAAAUGGGUACUGGAGAAAUGCACUGGAGAUAUGGGAUUUAUAUCGAAUCGAAUCGAUAAAACUUGCAUCGAUCGCCUCCAGGCGACGAUUGCUUGCUCAUACGAAAGGAUCGCAUACAUGGAUGCUGUAGAGAUUCUUAAAAAGGUGACUGACAAGCGAUUCGAGACGAGCCUCGUAUGGGGUAUUGAUCUCACAGCAGAACAUUUAAGUUAUCUGGCUGAUGAAAUGUUUAAGAAGCCAGUUAUUAUCUACAAUCACCCAAGGGACAUUAGACCGUUCUACGCACGCUUGAAUGACGACUUGAAAACAGUGGCCACCUUCGACAUGGUCGUUCCCAAGGUUGGGAAACUGGUCUCAGGCAGCCAGAACGAAGAGAGGAUUCACAUGGUCGAGACAAGGAUUAAGGAGCUGGGGCUACCGAUUGCACAGUACGAAUGGUACUUGGAUCUUCGAAGGCACGGAACAGUGAAGCAUUCUGGAUUCGCUCUUGCUUUCGACCUCAUGGUUCUCUUCGUUACCGGCCUCCCCGACGUCAGAGAUGCAAUCCCUUUCCCCAGAACCUUUGGCAAAGCCAACAACUAAAAUGACUGUACACUUGAAACCACUGUACAUCAGCAGCAUCAUUCAUGUUGUAAAAAAAAACCGCUGCCUGUUUUCAUUGUUCUAACAAAAGUGUACAUAGACAUGUAUAAUAAUACACAGAAAUGCAAGUUAUUUCCUUUCUAAUCAACGGAUUCUUAAAUCUCUUGAUUUGACAAUCCAAGAAAAUGCUUUCCUUUCAAAAAGUCUCUUAAGAACGGAUUCCACCACCAUGGAAGUAGCAGCAUAGCUACCACUGCCAGCAAUACUGGAAUUAGGGCCGCAAAUGAGCCGAGCUGUCCACGAGCGGCUCGGUGUUCGACUCGAGAAAAGCUCAUUCGAAAUCAACGAGCUGAACAUGAGCUAAUCUUUCUUCAGCUCGUGAAGCUCGCGAGCUAGCUCGACUUGGUGGCUUGUUGAGCAAAACUCGUGAGCUGACUCGUUUAGAGCUCAUGAUAUGUUUCAACAUGUGGCUUGAGAGCCAACUCGAUUACCGACUUAUGGACGAAUCAAUCAAUAUCUUAUGUUUUU